GUCUGUGAAUACUUAGGAUUUUAAUCGUUUGCUAGACUGGGUGCAGAGAUAAGCGUGCAAAUUUGGAAAUUUGGGUUGUUUUCCUUUUUGGGUGAAUUGGGUUCUUUCUAUUUUUGUGGUGGAUAUAUCCAUUUUUUGGGGAUAAGAUGAGUUUGAAUGGUCCGGAGGAAUUUGUACCAGGAAGGAAGCUACUGGUUCGAAUCGUAGAGAACGGCCAUACUAUCGAACUUGUUUGCAAUGAAUACACGCUGGUUGAAGCAGUUCAGAGAUCUGUAGAGUCAAUUUCUGGGAUUCAAUUCAAUGAUCAAAUUCUCCUCUGCCAAGAGAUGAAGCUUGAAGCUCAACGACCCUUGUCGACGUACAAGCUCCCCUGUAGUGGCCGCGAAGUCUUUGUCUACAACCGAGCUCGAAUGCUUUCUGAUUCGCGGCCGCCUCCGCCGGAGCAAAUCAAUAUCCCUGAAGUCAGUGAACCUCCAAUGCCUUCCCCUACUAAAGACCCUCACCCUCUGGAUGAUGCUACUGAUCCUGCUCUCAAGGCAUUGCCUUCAUAUGAGCGUCAGUUUAGAUACCAUUUUCACCGUGGGCGUGCUAUAUUCAACUGCGCCGAAUUGAAGUUUAAGUAUUGCGAGAGGCUUCUGAGAGAGCAGAUGGUGCAAGAGAGGGCUGUGGAGACUGCCAAGGCUAGCAUGGAUCACCACUAUCGGAUGAUAUGCCAAAUGUACAUGGAGUUCAUGAAGUGUUACUCCCAGCAGCAUCGAUACCAUUCUGACCUUUUGGCGAAUUUUGAGCGGGAUAUAGAUAGACUGAGAUCUUGCAAGCUUUAUCCAGCUUUGCAGACACAAACUCGGAAGUUCUUGCUUGAUUUUGUGAAGGAGGAGAAUUUACGGAAGUGGGCUGAGAAUUGUAACAGCUCACACCGGCAGUUUGAGGCUAAGGUUAUGCAGUUAAAGCAGAUGUUCAAUGAACUGAAGCGGCGGGUUGAGGAUCUUUACUCUAGUAAGGCUUCAGCUGCAAUAAGGGAUUUGAAGUUGGUGAUAAAGGACCACCAACGAUAUCUAAAUGAGCAGAAGAGUAUAAUGCAAUCGUUGAGUAAAGAUGUUGACACUGUGAAGAAACUAGUCGAUGAUUGUCUGAGCUGCCAAUUAUCUGCCUCCCUCCGUCCUCAUGAUGCAGUUUCAGCUCUUGGUCCAAUGUAUGAUGUCCAUGACAAGCACCACCUACCAAAAAUGCAGGCUUGCAAUCAUUCAAUUUCAAAACUGCUCGAUUUCUGCAUGGGUAAAAAGAAUGAUAUGAACCUUUUCGUGCAUCAUUGCAUGCAAAAGGUAGCUUAUGUUCAAUUUAUGAUCAGAGAUGUCCGUCUACAAUAUCCUGCUUUUAAAGAAGCAAUGGCACGCCAAGAUGAUCAUUUUGAAGAUCUAAAGUUGCUGCGUGGGAUUGGGCCUGCAUACAGGGCAUGCCUUGCAGAAGUAGUGAGGAGGAAGGCUUCAAUGAAGCUUUACAUGGGCAUGGCUGGACAAUUGGCAGAAAGACUUGCAACGAAGAGGGAGGCUGAGGUAAGAAGGCGAGAGGAAUUUUUAAAAGCACAGAAUGCCUUCAUUCCUCGGGAUAUAUUAACAUCCAUGGGAUUGUUUGAUACUCCAAAUCAGUGUGAUGUCAAUAUAGCUCCAUUUGACACUAGUUUGCUUGAUAUUGAUGAUAUUGCUGAUGUUGACCAUUAUGCUCCUGAGUAUUUAGUUGGGAUCCGUUGUAAAGGAGAGAAGCAUGGAACACCAAAAGCGUCCAUGGUGAUGUCAAAUGACAAUUCUAACUUUGCUGAAGCUGAAAGAAAUACCAUAGAAUCAUCUGAAAAAUGCAACUCUAAGGAUGUGCUCGAGGGCUGUGAGUCAGUAGAAGUUGCUGGAACAAGUAAAAUUGAAGUUGAAAAUGCGAGACUGAAAGCUGAACUUGCUUCUGCAAUAGCUCUGAUGUGUUCUUUUAGUCCUGAAAUUGAAUAUGAAACACUAGAUGACAGUAAGCUGGAUAGCAUACUGAAGAAUGUGGUGGAGAAGACAGCAGAAGCCUUGCAUAUGAAGGAUGAGUAUGGCAAACAUCUCCAGUCAAUGCUUAACAUGAAGCAGAUGCAAUGCUUGUCUUAUGAGAAGCGCAUUCAAGAGCUGGAGCAGAGACUGUCCGAUCAGUAUAUGCAAGGGCAGAAACUUCCAGGUGGAAAGGAUGUCUUUGAGUUUGGCCAUUCAUCUGUGAAGGCUGAUGACUUCAAAUCAGAAAUAUCAGGUGAUGGAGAAGCCCACAUGCCUUACAUCUCUACUGAACCCAUGGAUGAGCUUUCUUGCAUGUCUGCAUCAUUGGAUUCCAAACCAGAGCAGUUUCAACAGCAAUCAAGCAAAGCACGAGAAGGUGUGGAUGAAAAUAUGGCUGAUUCUUCAGGUUUACUAAAUCCUCAGCUGGAUUCUUCAAUGUUGGAGCCACAUCGAGAUGAGCUGGAAGCAGGUGAUAAACCAGGACGAGAGAAGAUGGUGGGGCAGUUGCAUUUGCUACUAUCAACCAGCUCCACUGCUGAAACCACAUUGGAACCUCUGAACAUGUUGCCUUGUCAAGCUGCAAUUGAGCAAGAUUCAGCAUCUAACUUAGCGAGUGAUCUUGUAUUGGAACUGCAGAAAGCGCUAGCAGACAAGUCAAACCAGUACAAUGAGACUGAAACCAAGCUUAAAGCUGCUCUAGACGAGUUGGACAUUCUGAAGAGAGAACUGGAAAUCAGCCAUAAGCUGCUGGAUGAAUCUCAGAUGAAUUGUGCUCACUUGGAAAAUUGCCUGCAUGAAGCUAGAGAGGAAACCCAUACUCAUCUUUGUGCUGCUGAUAGGAGGGCCUCAGAGUAUAGUGCACUGCGGGCUUCUGCUGUGAAAAUGCGAAGCCUUUUUGAAAGAUUGCGAAGUUGCAUUACUGCAACGGGUGGAGUGGCUAAUUUUUCUGAUUCCUUGCGUUCUUUGGUUCUUUCAUUGGCCAAUUCUGUCAAUGAUGUUGAAGAUGAUUUUACUGUGGAGUUCCGAACGUGUACCCGGGUCCUUGCAGACAAAGUGGGUUUUCUGUCUCGACACCGUGCAGAGCUGUUGGACAGGUGCUCAACGGCUGAAGUUGCACAUGGGCGCCUUACAAAGGAGCUGGAUGAGAAGAAAGAACUGGUUAAAAGCUUAUUUGCAAAGCAUCAACUCGAGAAGCAGACAAACAAGGAGAAGAUAUCAUUUGGUCGUUUUGAACUCCAUGAGAUUGUCGCCUUUGUCAUCAACUCUGCUGGGCACUAUGAAGCGAUCAACAGGAACUGCUCUAACUACUAUCUAUCUGCAGAAUCUAUUGCCUUGUUUACAGAGCACCUCCCAAACAAACCAAGUUACAUCAUUGGUCAGAUAGUGCACAUAGAACGGAGAACUGUGAGGACACCACCCGUUCGGCUUGAGCCUGGGAUAGAUCAAGUUGAUCGCCUGAGCUCUGAUACAGGGACUUACCAUUUGUCUGUGAGAUCGAUAUCCUCGUCAAACCCAUAUGGCCUCUCUAUUGGUUGCGAGUAUUUCAUAGUUACAGUAGCAAUGCUACCUGACACGAACAUUCAUUCGUCACCUCCUUCCUGAUCCUGCUGCAAGCAGACAGACAUGAUGGAAGAAAAAAGUGCAUCCUUUAAAAUUAUGGGGAAAAUUGAACCUUGGUAGGAAUGGCGGUUGAAUUCCUUCUUUGUACAGCUCAUAACAAUCUGUUAAAUUUCAUUUUUUUUUUCUUGUGUAUAUGUUAUCCUCUGUAAUUAGAAAUUGUGAAUAAUUCUUUUGGCCCUUGAUCAUUAAUUGGUCUCAAUAUGUUCA